GCCGUCUCAUUGUUCGCUCAGAUAUUCUCCAGAAGCUCAAUCGUAAUACAAACAUGCUUGCCUUCAAAGCUGAAGAGCAGAGCCAGCUACAGCUUGUCGAAAGAGAAGAAAUCGAAGACGAGGAGGAUUUGUUUGAAGCAAUCGAUAAGUUGACUGCACAUGGAAUCAAUGCUGGAGAUGUGAAGAAGUUGCAGGAUGCUGGAAUUUAUACAUGCAAUGGCUUAAUGAUGCACACUAAGAAGAGUUUAACAGGAAUCAAAGGACUUUCUGAAGCAAAAGUUGAAAAGAUCUGUGAAGCAGUAGAAAAGAUAGUGAACUUUGGUUAUAUCACUGGAAGUGAAGUUCUAAUGAAAAGAAAAUCGAUAGUUCGUAUCACAACCGGAAGCCAAGCUUUAGAUGAACUUCUUGGGGGUGGGAUCGAGACUUUGGCAAUUACAGAAGCUUUUGGGGAAUUUAGAUCUGGAAAAACACAGCUGGCGCAUACUCUUUGUGUUUCGACACAGCUUCCGAUUAAUCUAAGGGGAGGCAAUGGAAAGGUUGCUUACAUCGACACUGAGGGGACAUUCCGACCAGAUCGAAUAAUACCAAUUGCUGAAAGAUUCGGAAUGGAUCCGGGAGCGGUGCUUGAUAAUAUCAUAUAUGCCCGCGCUUACACAUACGAGCAUCAGUACAACUUGCUUUUGGGUUUAGCAGCAAAAAUGGCUGAAGAACCUUUCCGACUUUUGAUUGUCGAUUCAGUGAUCGCCCUCUUUCGAGUGGACUUCACUGGUAGAGGAGAGCUUGCGGAUCGUCAGCAAAAGCUGGCUCAGAUGCUCUCCAGAUUGAUUAAGAUUGCUGAGGAAUUCAAUGUUGCUGUUUACAUGACCAACCAAGUAAUCGCUGAUCCGGGAGGAGGAGUUUUUAUAUCGGAUCCGAAGAAGCCGGCAGGUGGUCAUGUUCUGGCUCAUGCAGCAACCAUAAGGCUAAUGUUCAGGAAAGGCAAAGGCGAACAGCGUGUCUGCAAGGUGUUCGAUGCUCCGAAUCUUCCGGAAGCAGAAGCAGUUUUCCAGAUAACUCCAGGUGGAAUUGCAGAUGCUAAGGAUUGAGCAGUUCUUCUAUAUACAUCCCACAGGUAGGUGCCUUAAUUAAUACGUUCUGGUUAGCUUCAUUUUGUUAAAUGCAUAUAACUUUCAGCAGGUGUUCUACAUAUGGUUUUACUCUUUUCUGUUUUUUUGUUUU